GUUGGCUUCAGUGGAGCGUCUGCAAACAAAACAGCAUCUGACAACAGAUGAAACACUUUUUAUUAACAGCCAACAACAGUGGCCAGGCUGAACCGGUGGAGACAAACAAAUCCCGAAGUUUUCUGAUAGUUCCCCGAAGUGCGCCGAAGUUUUCACGGAAAUGGUUCACCUGAAGUUUUCCUUCGGACGCUGAAAAGUUUGGAGUUGGAGAGGAAGGACGCAGCAGGGAGACGAUUCAGAUGGAGAGUGGGUGAAUCAGUUCAUUUGGAUAAAGUUUCUAAAGGGUGUAGCUCCAGCGUGAGGUGGCAUGUCAAACCGGGACUCGUUGGGGUUUGGGGACCUGCUUCCCCAAGAUGUGGUUGAAGUUUUUGCCCAGGAAAGACACAACAAGAGAGGCCGGAAGAAACGGAAUCGCUCUCUUAGAAGGGCGUUUAGCUGGUUGAAGGGAAAGAAGAGAAAGAAUCUCACCACUAACGGGCAGGGCCUGGGUCUGGGUCCUGCACUGGACCUGGCUUUGGAUGGACAUCCUGCUGGGCAUCAGGGACACAAAGGUGGACAAAAGUCAGGAAAGCAGGCUCAUCCACAAGGAAACAGUCAUGCUGUCCCAAAGCGAGAUGAUGACAAAACCACCGCGCCCCCAAUGUUCCAGGAGAACGUAUUCAUUGAGACAAGCAGGCCCAAGUACCUGGAGGACCUCCACACUGAGGCCCUGGAAGGAUUGAAAAUGAUGUUGCAGGAAGAAACCAGUAAUGGAGUGGAGUUCCAGGAUAAUGAAAGCACAAUUUCGGCAAUGACAGUCCAAACAGAUGGGGAAGGUGGAGGAUUUGUGACCGACAGCACAAUUCCUGAUUCGUCCUCUGUCGUCUCCAUGCAGUCAUCCGCUUCCAUAAGAUCCUCCCGCUCUGGACUCACCAGGCAAGGAUCAACAUUUAGACCAUUAAACUCUGGGAAAAAGUCAGAAAAGACCAAAACAAGGAGAAGACACAGGAGGACUGUUGUGGGGAUCCCAAAACAUGUUCAGAGAGAGCUGGGCCUGGACAGAAGUGGCUGGACGCUGACUCCGGCACUGGAUGAGGAGCAGCUUCACAACGGUGAGACUGAAAUCCGCCCCACUACUGAUAGGCCACAACAUGCAGCAGAGUCAGCAAAGGAAGUGAGAGACAGCCCCCAAGCUACUGACAUCAUCCAGCCUCUCAGCAAAGACAAAGUGGAGCAACUUGGUGCCACCCAUGCUGGUCAUAGGGACGACCUGGCUCUGCUGCAUUGUCUGGGUCCCGACUUGGAAAUUGGACAGAGACCUCAUUCUUUGGCAGUCCCCUGGAUGACUACUGGCUCCAGCCACCAGCAGCAUCUACUCAGCCCUGUCAUUUCCAUGUCUCCUCAGGCUCCUCACUUGUCCAAAAUCCUUCCCAAUGCUGUGCUGCCACCCUCCAUCGAGGUGGUGGAAAUCAGCCGUGGACGGAGUCGCAACAGUGUGCGCACUGUCAGCAAGAGCAGCCUAAAGCUGUCCAGCCCAGCUCCCUCCCGUGCCUCAUCUAGAGCUUCUUCAACCAGAACCACAUCGUCAAACAUCACCUCUGCUUCCCGCUACUAUGUUCCCACUGUGUCUGACAGCUCCUGUUGGAGCAAUUCAGCAUCUUCAGAGACUUUGGUAUCAGACUCUUCGACCAUCUCUAGCAGCAGCACCCCCAGACAAAAAAGGUCUCAGUAUGAGGAUUCUUCUGCUGUGGAGGACAAAGUUAUUUCAUCUACAUGUACAUCUAAUGGCACCUCUAAAAAUAAAAUUAAUAUUAAGGAAGAGAAGGUUAAGAAAGAUGGGCAGUUUGUGCGUAGCCUCUCUGUCAUGAAGUCCAAGAGGGCUCCACCUCCUCCAAGUCGCUCAUACUCCCUACACAGUAAGAUGAAACGUAGGUCAAGAGAUCUGGCAGAGGAUAGAGUCAUUCCAGGAGAAUCUUCUCCCGAUAACGCCUCAACUUUAAGUGAGGAAAAUGAAAAAAACAAAGUCAGAUCAUCUCCACUGCCCUGUGUGAGUGUUGAUAGCCCUGGCUACCAUGCAGACACCAGUUCUCUUGAGGACUCAGCUGGCUCAGGUUCACUCUUUCUCAUGAAAUCUCAACUGGCAGAACCAAAGGCAGGGGAUGUUAAAGACAAUGCAGAAACAGUUUCCAAAGAAGCAUCACAAGAGAAGCAAGAGCCACUUAAGGGGAAUAAGCUCAACAAAAUAGUCUCCCCAUCUAGUGGCUACUCCAGCCAAGAUGGAGCAUCCCCACAAACCUCUAAACAGCCUUACAGCUCAUCUCCUAAGCACAAGAAAGGCUUCUUUGCAAAGCUUCAGAAGUUAUUUCCUGGGUCCAGUCCUCCUGGUUCAGAUCCAUCCUCACCAUCACAAAUAGAGUUUUCUAAAAAUACUAAAAUUACAGAGGAAUCUAAACCUGGCUUUGUCGACACAGUCAGUGUCAGCCCCUCUGUAAGGACCUUGAGAGAACUCUUCAACAUCCCUCCCCCACCUAAAGUCCAUGCUCCUCCACCUCCUCCCCCUGAGGUAUGGGCUCACAACAAACGUACAUUUGAGUUGCUCUUGGGACCCCCAGCUCCUGACAACACAUACGCCAUCAUAAAGAAGAAUCCAAAGGACAGGAGACAACAGAGGCAGUCUCCUUCUGUGUCUACAGAGGGCUCUGUGAAGAUGGAAAGAAAACACAGGAAUCCAACAGUAACAGUGGAGUCUGUAAAUGGAUCCCUGAAUGUGCUUCAGGCAAUGAAAGUUCAAGAAAAUGGGACUCUGAAUACAGAUAUUCACAAAGAGAACAAUGAAAAAUUAGCUCAGAAUGGAGAUUUGAAGGUAGAUGAGAAAGUAAGAGUAUGUGAAAUGUUAAAUGGGAUGUUGGUGAAGGCUGUAGAAAAACGUGAAGAAACGCUGGUAGCAGUGAAGAGAGAAGAAGGUCAGAAAACAUCCACCCAAGCCACAGAGGUAGAGACCAAGACAGACUCCAUACCUUCCAUUUCAUUAGCACACAUUUCUCCAUCGCCUUCUCUACCCCGGCAACCACUCACAACUAAGCCCACUGAAGUUUUAUCAGUACAAAUUGUAUCCCAUGAGUCGUCCUGGCCCCCGCCACCUCCACCCAUGGCACAGGUGGGCAUCAGUGGGCCAGAUGAAAUAGAUCUCCCUCUUCCACCUCCACCUCUGUUUGGUGAAGUAGUGCAAGUCUUGCCUUCUGCAGCUGUGUCUGGUAAACCACAGGUGAAAGCAGGAGGUGUCAAGGUGAUCACAGGAGCUGAACCUAAGAAACUCCAUGCAUCAAAAGAGGUGAUGUCCUCUACCUUAAAUAUCCCUCCUCCCCCACCAUAUACAGCUCCACCUCCACCAACCACAGCAGCCGUGCCUCCUACGACUAAAAAUAUCUCUUCACCACCACCUUCUUCGAGACCCAAAGAGUCCGCUGCUCCUAUUGUUCAAGAUGUAACACAAGUUAAAGAAGCUCAAAGUCCUAUUGUAGAGGUCUCUCCUCUGCCACCUGAAGACCUAACUCCACCUAUUCAAGAAGCCUCUCAGUCUGCUGAAGAGGCAGCACCGGAGAGUAAAUUCAUGGUUCCGCAAAGUAUUCCACCUCCACCACCCCUGCCAUCACAGCUCCAUCCAUCAGAGCAGAUUGAUACUCAAGACAGCACCCCACUGGAAUCUGAAAUGAACAAAGAUUCAACCAACAGUAUUCUCACAGCUCCUCAAAGUAUUCCACCUCCACCUCCUAUAGAGCCUCUCCAUCUUUCAAUUAAUUCUCAGACAGUUGAAAAUCCAGAAACUGAGACACCCCCUUCACCUCCAUCUGAGUUCAGAAACUCACCUUCACCACAAGAGACUGAAGAACCUGCUCCUUCUCCACCUAUUAGCAUUCCUUUGCCUCCACCUUUGCCAGUGGACAGCCUUGUCAGCACUGAGCCCAAGUCUAGUCCUCUGAGCACAGAAAAUCAAAGCCAAAUGCAAACAUCUGCACCUUUUGAACCCACUCCCAUCAUCACCCCUUUGCUCCUGCAGAUGGUCAAGCUUCGGUCUGUUAACAGUAGCCCUGAACCUCCUGAAGCUCAAGAAGAGGCCCCUGCUGUACAUGAGGAACCCACUCCCAUUGUCACCCCUUCACUCCUGCAGAUGGUGAAGCUUCGGUCUGUUAACAGUAGCCCUGAGCCUCCUGAAGCUCAAGAAGAGGCCCCUGCUGUACAUGAGGAACCCACUCCCAUUGUCACCCCUUCACUCCUGCAGAUGGUGAAGCUUCGGUCUGUUAACAGUAGCCCUGAGCCUCCUGAAGCUCAAGAAGAGACCCCUGCCCCUGUUGUACAUGAGGAACCCACUCCCAUUGUCACCCCCUCUUUUCCACAAACAGUCAAGCUGCAGUUUGUCAACAACAACAACCCUAAACCCCCCGAACCACAAGAACCAUCAGAGCCUGAGGUCACAAUGAACCAACAGCAGCAGAGCAGUCUAGUCCCAUCCUCAUCUUUAAACUGUGAGGUUCCCCAGAAGCCCAUCAGAAGAUCUUUAAUUGUGACCUCUCCCACAUCCACUUUUCCACCUGUCAUCGCCACCUUGCAACCAACUUUGCCCAAGUCUGAGACUGUUGUGGUCCCACCCAAGCCUUCAUCCACAGCCAUUUCUUCUGCUAUAAAGUCUCCUCCUGCCACAACUGCUUCUCCCUCCAUGAACCUGCAGGAAGCUAUCCGUCUGAGAACAGCAGCCAGAUCAAAAGAGGGCCCUGCAUCUCGAUUUAGCCUGCAGUCGCCAUUAUCACCUCCAGAUUUUCAUAAAUCCCCUACAUCAACUGCCAGCUUUAUCUUCUCCAAGAGCAACAAAAAGGUGGUGAUUGAGACCAAGCAAGAGGACAAGGAAACCUUACAGAGGAAGACAGAGGAGUCAAAAAAUAAGGGAGUCAAGGUCCCACCACCUGUUGCAAAGAAGCCAAAGGCUAAUGGUAAAGAGGCAGAGACCAGUGAAGGUGUGGAGCAAACAGGACAGGAAGCAGAACAAGGGAGUGCCAAAGAUGCCACAGAGGAACCAAACGGGACAGCAGGUACUGUUGGAGGAGAGACAUCAUCAACAUGAUUGCAGAGACUGGAGAAGCCCCUGGAAGGACUUAAUGAAUUUACUGCAAGUUUUUGUUUGUGAGAGACAAGAAAACAGGAUUUUAGAUGGAUGACAUGUUUAUUUCAGAAAUGUUUAAAUUUAAUGUUAACGGUGUGGGUCUUAAUUUUCUGAAGUACUCAUUUAGCAUUUAACAGAGUGAAUACUGUUAUAUUUUCUUUGCUAGAGGGUCUUCUAAGCUUUACUGUUGCAGGAGAUGUGGAUAUACCCCCCUCUAGUGUCAAAAUGCGAUUGUACCACAUACAGUUUGUCCUGCUGAAUCAGCGCUUUAAUGUGUACUUGCAUCUUUGGGACUUUGGGAUGCUCAUCUGUAAAUGUAGUAACAUUUUGUAUAUUUAACAUAUCCAAUAAUGAUGGAUCUGUUCAGAGUUCUGUAUAUUUUCCAAAGGUUUCCACACCAAUUAUUUGUUUAAAAAAUAUUAAGUUAUUAUUCCUGUCAUGUUCAGAGGAGUCUCCACAAGAAUGUCUUCUUUGCAAUGUGUCAAGUCAUAACAUCACAUAAAUCAAGUGUUUGUUUGGACGCACAAUCAAAUCUGAAUUCAUGAUCGCAAAUAUCCCUCAUGCUACUUUGUUGUUUAAGACAUCAGAAACAAGUAAGAAUGUUAAGCAAUACCUGAAACUUUAUAAUGGAACACAUUUUCUGCUGCUUUUGGUCACUGACGACGGAGGCGGUGCCUUUUCCUCAGUAAUGAUUCCUUCUAAAAUUUUAUUUCAGAAAUGUUUAAGAGGCUAAUGGAGGAAAUAAUCAUUUAUAAAGAAAAUUAAAGAUUUAUGGACAGAUGAA